AUGGCCCUAUCGCUAUUAGCUCGGUCCGUAAAGUGGGAAUUUGCCAGCGAUGACUACACGUUUCGACGGUCGUUGGUGUCGCACGUGCAGGAGCUCCUUCGGGUGCCGGAUGCGGAGGACGCGUUGAGUGAGGAGGAAAAGAUGGAGGACUGGCCCGUGCUGGGUCUUAUUCUGUCAGAGAAUGGAUGGAUGAAAGAUGCUCUACCCCUCAUGGAGGAGGUGGUGGCACUGCGGAAGAGCGUUCUCGGGGCGGAUCAUCCUGAUACGUUGACGUCGAUGGGCAAUCUAGCGAAUCGGUACAGCGAGGCCGGACGACGAGUCGAGGCACUAUCGUUGACGGAGGAGGUGGUGGUACUAUACAAGAGUAAGCUUGGGGCGGAUCAUCCCGACACGUUGAGGUCGAUACACAAUCUGGCGAAUCGGUAUAGCGAGGCCGGACGACGAGUCGAGGCACUGUCGUUGACGGAGGAGGUAGUGGCACUGCGGAAGAGUAAGCUCGGGGCAGAUCAUCCUGACACGUUGUCGUCCGAAAGGCUUCUUACUUACCUUUAUCAAAAAAGCAUGUAG